AUCAAUAAGAAUAUUUUUAGAUGAUACAAUUGUAUUUUAUGAUUCAGCAUCUUGUCUAGUUGUUCGGACACGUACACAUCAAUAUACAUUUUGUUUUCGUCGUCAAGUGUGUACACAAGGAGCAACAAGUGCAUUUUGUACAGCUAAAUUUCAAGCUUAUGAUGUGUGUCAAAAAGAAAAAAAUAACUCAACUUUAUUGUCGAUAGAAAAUGAUGAUGAAUAUGAAUUAAUAAAUAAUAUUGUAUCUCGUUAUGGACAUGAAACAUUAAUGAAUUCAGAUGGUACAAUAAAAAAUAAAAAUGUUCCACGUGCACAAUGGAUAUGGAUUGAUGGACUAAGAGAUUCAAAUAAUAUUUAUCAUUGGAAUAUAAGCGGAGAUGUUUUAACAACAAUUAAAGAUAAAUAUUGGUGUAAUACGAUGACAAAUUGUUCAGGUGGAAAAGGACGUGAUCACGUUAUUUUAAAUAUUAUAUGCCAACCAAAUGAAAAAGAUCUUCAAGUUUGUCUAUCAUCGAGACCAAAAUCCGAGCCUGGACCAUUUAUAUGUAAACGAACAUUGACAAAAAAUGAAGAACCAAUUUCCAAUUAUACUUUUCUUAAAAAUUCAACUAUCCCAACAUCUACAACUACCAUAACACCUAUAACGACACCUGUAAUACCACCUUAUGAAAAACAUUCUACAUUAAUUUAUCAUGAUGAGGAACGUUGUUUAACUGUUGAAAGUGGUUCUCAUAUUUAUACAUUUUGUUUACGUCGACAAACUUGUCCAUUGAAGAAACAAGCUUUUUGUACAAAAUGGACUACAGCUCAAGAAGCAUGUCAAUCAUUAGACAAGGAUUCAAAUUUAUUAACGAUUGAUAAUGAAGAAGAAAGAAUAUUAAUUACAGAUAUUAUGAAAAAUUAUAUAAAUGAAACACGUUUAACAUUUAGUGGAAGGUCAAAUCAACAUUAUGGUUUUGCAAAUUUUGUAUGGAUUGAUGGAAUUCAACAAACUGAUAGUCAAAUAUAUUUAUGGAAAAAUGGACUUGAAUCUAUACCAGAUCAUUUAUGGUGUUCAAAAAAGGGUUGCAGUCAAAUGAAUCGUGAACGUGUUAUGAUAAAUUUAUUAUGUAAUAAAAAUAAUUCAUUAAUUUGUUUGAGUACACAUUAUGAAUGGAAACUAGCACCUUAUAUUUGUAAACGUAUACGCCCAAAAGAUCAAUGUCAAAUAUCAAUCAACUAUAAUCAUACGGGUGAAUUAUUAGUUUUAUCAGCUAAUCGAACAAAAGCUUCGAUUAAAUGUAGACAUCCAGAUUAUAGUCAAGAUAUUAAAAUAGAAUAUCAAUGUGAUACUGAAACUAAGAAAUGGAUAUCAGUCUAUAAAAAUAAUAAUUUUACUUGUCCUGAGUAUAAGAUUCCUCCAUUGGCCACAUCAGCUCCUACUUUGGAAUCUACUACAAAGAUAAUACCUACAACUUCAACUCCAAUAUCAUAUACAGCAUCAUCUACUACAACUUCACUAUCAUAUAUAGCACCAUUUACUACAACUGUAGUUAGAGAUAGUGACUGUUCACAAAUGGAACUUUCAUUAUUAAUAUCCCAAUUACCUACUCAAUUUCGUUAUAUACAACCAACUAAAUUAUCAGCAUAUUCUCCAUAUUUUUAUAAUGUGAGAUUAUCAUGUUAUUUUAAUCAAUCAAUUGAAAUGACUUAUCGAUGUGAUCUACCAACUAAACGAUGGAUAUAUAUUAAUGGUAGUAUUGAUUCUUUUCGAAAUUGUUAUCCUCCAUGUAAUAAUACUGAACGAUAUAAUUUAUUAAAUAAAUAUUUUACAACUUAUGAACAAAGUCAAAUUCGUACAAGAUAUAUUGAAAAAUAUAAGUCAUUACUUAUACAAUGUCUCAGUGUAAUUGAUCGGCAAUGGAAAUCAAUUAAUUAUAAAUGUGGAACCAUGUCAAUAACAGUAUUUCAAUGGUAUAAAAUACAUUCAUGUUUUCAACCGAUUAUAACAACAACACCACCACCACCACCACCUACAACAGUAGCAACACAGUUUCCACUAUCACUGGGUGUAGCCGAGUUAAAACCUUUAUGUCCUCCAGUAGUCGUUCGUGGUAGUCCAUGUGAAUAUGAAGUUGGUCAAUAUGUACAUGAUAAAAAUGGAUGUAUACGAAAACUAUGUCCAUCACUUAGUCAUUUAUGUAAUACAAUUCGUUGUCCAUCUGAUCGAAGAUGUCGUGUUGUUAUAUGUAAAUCAUGUAUUCACACAGAUUAUCUUCAAGCUGUUUGUGAAAGUCCAACGGUACCAUCAUUAUGUGAGCUUGAAAAACGACUACUUUUAUUGAAUAAUACAGAAUCAAUUAAUCAAUGGAUACAUCAAACAAUAUCUGUUGUUCAACAAUAUGCUAAGAAACAACAACAACGAUUGACAUUAUCAUAG